UGGCCGCCGCCGUCGCCGCUGCGAUGCGUGCGCGCCCCGUGAUUUACGGAGGAACGUGACGACGACAAUGCCGCCGUGCCUGGCGACGAUGAAAUAAACGCUUGCACGAGCGCACGAGACGGUAACCUAAACGCCGAGCGGCGGGGAGCUAUGCGCAGCGUAAUUGUGAUGUGUCCGUGCAAUAUUGUCAACGGUCAGAUACUCGCUCUACUCUGCAGAUGUUUCUCGGUGCCGGGUGCCUAGAACACAGCUGGCAAAAUGGGCAAGUUGUUGUCAAAGAUCUUUGGCAACAAGGAGAUGCGUAUUCUCAUGUUAGGACUGGAUGCGGCGGGAAAAACUACAAUAUUGUAUAAACUUAAACUAGGACAGUCUGUGACAACUAUACCAACUGUAGGAUUCAAUGUAGAAACAGUUACCUAUAAGAAUGUUAAAUUUAAUGUGUGGGAUGUAGGUGGUCAAGAUAAAAUACGUCCGUUAUGGCGUCAUUAUUAUACAGGGACGCAAGGACUUAUUUUUGUAGUAGACUGUGCAGAUCGAGAUAGAAUCGACGAAGCCCGCCAAGAACUUCAUCGAAUCAUAAACGAUAGGGAAAUGCGUGAUGCGAUAAUUUUAAUCUUUGCUAAUAAACAAGAUCUUCCGGAUGCAAUGAAACCGCACGAAAUACAAGAGAAACUGGGAUUAACUAGGAUACGAGAUAGAAAUUGGUACGUUCAGCCAUCUUGUGCCACAACGGGAGACGGGCUUUACGAAGGCCUUACGUGGUUAACCAGUAAUCAUAAAUUAUGAGCAAAUAUUUAUUUUUCACAAAUUAGCUAUAUAUACAGAGAAUACACGUUUGCUUUGUAUUUUUUAUUUUUAAUUUAUCAUAUGGAGGCUCCUGUCAAGACGAACAACUGACAAUGAUACAUUUGACGACAUCUUUUUUACAUGUAAAGUUAUCACAGAUACAACAGGGAAAAAAAGAAACAACUAUUAAUGGUGUGUUCCAAUAAUAUCGAUACUAGGUGAAUAGUAAUUUAUUGUAAACGAGGUACCAAGGGGCGUGACCUUUGUUAUACUAGCUAUUUAUCCCAUUUCAUGGAAAUAAUUAAUGAAUAGAGUUACGCUAGCGGGUUUAAUAUCGCUCUGUACAUGUAACAUAUUCACACAAGUGUACUGUUUCAUGAGACACAUAAGUUGUACAAGUUUAAAAAGAAACAAAAACUUUACGAGAAUCUAGUUAUGAUAUUACGAGGUUCACGGAUUCACAAGGAUUAGUAUACUGUAUAACUUACCUUUGCAGGAUCAUAUCUUAUAUCUAUGUAACUGUUAUUUGAGCGCAGUUGCGUUUCUCGAGUGGAAAGUACCUCAAGUUUUUAACGAAACGCAGCUAGAUUUUUAACUUCGCAAUAUCUUGUUGUCAAAAUGCUAUCUCUAAUGUAUAUUAUAUAAUAUUCAUACGUAUAGCCCGUGAAUAAAUUUACCGUACCUACAUUGAGGCUUUAUAUAGUACAGCGAGACUAUUCCGUUAGUAAACAUUUCUUGCUAUUUAGAGUUCUGUGUCGAAAAAAUUGCUUAUAAUUUGAUUUCUUUUUGUUUGAUAAUGUCUUCCAGCUCGUAUAUGCUUCUUAAUUAGCUCCCAUCUUUUUCCGUUCAUUUCGAUCAGGUGAUCGAAAUGCGAUAACAUCUAAUCACCAAACUUAUUAUGAUUACGCACAAAUCGCAGAAUAUAGGAAACAAUGCAAUAAGGAGUUAUCGGUUUACUGAUAUUGUGAGCUCAAAAACCAAAAAAAACGAGAAAGAGAGAAGAAAACAAUGUUACAGAGAACGUAACAGCAUUGAAUCUGCCAAUAUUUUUUACUGUUUAAGUGAGUAUUGGAUAAUAAAGCAUAUUAGUAUUAGGUCGCAACGAUCGGAUCGUUAAGAACAACAUUUUAAACGGAUGAGAUAAAUGUUUUCAUGACCGUUUAAUUUCUCAUAGCAUAAUCCAUAGAGUAAGACUAAUAAGAAUAUACUUUGAGAUUCACAAUUGAUUCGUAGAAGUUUAAAAGUGUUCAAAAUGUUUGUGUAUGAUUAUCGAAUCAACUUGAUUUACGAGUAAAUAAUAGUGAUGAUACACCUUGUAAUUCGUGAAUGCAUUGACACCUUGUUUACAUUCCAUGGUACAUUAGCGGAUUAGACUGUUAGAGAAACGUCUUUAGUUAUACGAAUGAUCUUCUACGUGGAUUAUAACAAGAGAUUUUCCAGACGUAAGUUUGUACAACUUCCACAGCAUCCGUACCAUUAAUAUUAAGUAUCUCACUUGAGAGAUGGUGUGAACGUUGAGCGCAUCGUCUGUAUAAAAAUCGUAAUCAGGCUUUGGAAAUACUCAGCUGUUUUCCAGAGAACAUUAGAUAUAUUACUUAGCACCUCUCUAUUGCCACGUCUUUGUACAAUUUCGUGAACGUAAUCUCUACAUUUUUUGACAAUGUUUCAAAUAGCGAUUCUCAUGUAUUCUCUCUUUUUCUAAUCAUAAAAAAAAUAUAUGUAAUUGUGUUACGUUUUUAUCACAUCAGCUUUAGCAGAAGCCAUUUUCUCAUUAUUAAAUGUGAUGUUAUGAUGUUAAUUAACGAAGUUUUAUGUAUAUAAAUAUGUUUGAUAUAUAUUACAGCUACAGU